AUGGUGGCCAUGAAGACCUUCUCUCUGCUGCUGGUGUCCCUGCUCCUGGCAUUGGUGCUAGGAGAGAAGGAAGAAGGUCACUCCAGGCUGGGGUUCCACACUAAGGCCAGCGGCUCCCAACCACGAGGUCCCAGGUACGCCGAGGGCACUUUCAUCAGUGACUAUAGUAUCGCCAUGGACAAGAUCCGCCAACAAGAUUUUGUGAACUGGCUGCUGGCGCAGAAGGGGAAGAAGAGCGACUGGAAACACAACAUCACCCAGAGGGAGGCCCGGGCCCUAGAGCUGGCCCAUCAAUCUAACAGGAAGGAGGAGGCAAGGGAGCAGCAGGGCUCCCUACCCAAGAACCCCAGUGAUGACGAUUUGCUAAAGGAUUUACUGAUUCGAGAGCUGCUGUCCUGGAUAGUGGAUCAGAUGGAGCUCUGCAGGCUCAGGUGGGAGUUUGGUAGCUUUGGGCAUCUUGCAUAG